AUGGACAUUUUCAAGCGACUGCAGAUUAACAUCCCUUUUGUUGAGGCUAUGGAGCAGAUGCCGACAUAUGCAAAAUUCAUGAAAGAGCUCCUAACAAAAAAGAGAAGAUUCUCUGAAGAGACAGUGGAGCUUGAAGCAGGGUGCAGUGCUAUAAUUCAGAAAUCAUUACCUCAGAAAUCCAAGGACCUUGGGAGCUUCACUAUUCCAGUUACAAUCAGGACAUUACCAGUGGGAAAAGCAUUGCUUGAUCUGGGUGCCAGUAUAAAUUUGAUGCCUUUGUCUAUGCUAAGGAGAAUAGAAGAUCUGGAAGUAAGGCCUACACGGAUGAUAUUACAGCUAGCUGACAGAUCCAUGAAGUAUCCCUAUGGUGUGGCAGAGGAUGUCUUAGUUAAGGUUGACAAAUUCAUGUUCCCAGUUGAUUUUGUAGUAAUGGAUAUUGAGGAAGACACUCAAGUUCCUCUAAUACUAUGA